AUGUGCUCGCCCAACGUGCACUUUGAGCACUUUUUAGGAGGUCCCUCGUCCUCCACCCAGCCCUCCUCAUCUCGUCAGCACAUCGACUCAGUCCGCAGCCUUGCUCUGGCUCGACUAUCUGGCAUCUCCUCAAUCGCUUCUGGAUCUUUUUACGCGCCAUCAAACCCCUCAGCCAUCGCUUCAGGCAGCGCCCAGCUCAGCCACACAAUAAACCACCACUCUUCGGUCCUCUCCCUCGCCGUCGACGAACGCCGCAGCCUCCUCUACUCUGGCUCACAGGAAGGCUUUAUCAAUGUCUGGGAUCUCGACACUUUCCAGUCCACAGCAAGGCUCGCUGGCCAUUCUGCCAGCGUUCUGGCACUCGAGCUCGCACCGGAAAAGAACUGGCUGUUCAGCUCGUCGGGCGACAACACAGUACGAGUCUGGGAUACUGUUAGCAACGCACCCCUGUUCGUGGUCUACCCGGCAGAGGAUAUUGUAGGAGAUAUUUUUGCAUUGAAGUGGUGUUCAGGGCUCGAGACUCUGUAUCUUGGGUGUCAGUCGACGAGUAUUCAGUGGAUCUGCUUGGCUGGCUUUGAGAAGGGCAGCGCAAGGAAUGGAGCAGUAACGCAAGGAGAGGGAGUAAAGGGGACAAGGCAAUUUGGUGAAUUGAGUGGUCUGAGUGGGCUGAGUGGCGUGGACAGGAGAGAUGCGGGAGCGGAUAGUCCAAUCAUCUCGACACCCGACCUUAUGUCCCGACCGCACAAGUUCUUCGAUUCGGUUCCCGUUGCUCUCAGUAGAUCUGGUAUGGGCAGUGCCGGAACUUCAACACCCACUCGUGGCAGACCAUCAGCCACUUCUGCGCUCAGCAGCACGAAAGCGUCUUCACACAAAGACAAGCUCGCUCCAUUAGCGACUGAGAACAGUCUCGCUUCCAUCGGUCCGCUCUCGUCAGCCGGCGCGACAGAGACAGUCCUCAACGCCGCGUCAAUGCGUCUUGAUAGUCCAGCCUUCCCGAGCACUUCCUCUGAGCCGCAACUCAAUGCGGUUGAAGAUGGAGUACGAACACUGCUCAUUCCGCCUUCGUCCUCCGUGCCCUCGGCUCACUACGGCUACAUCUACUCCCUCGCCCUUCUGACGCUCGAGGGCGAUUCCCAACACCCCACAGUCCUAGCAUCGGGUUCUGGUGAUGAGACGAUUAAACUCUGGCAUGCCACACGGUCUGGUCUGUCCCUCCUAGCUACACUCGAAAGCCCAAACGCGGACGGGAACGCUGUUCUUGCGCUCGCUUCUUGGAAAACCACCCUCUUCUCAGGCUUGCAGGGCGGUGAGGUAGAAGUGUGGGAUCUAGAGACAUGUACGCUGGUUAGAACGAUUAGAGCGCAUACGGAUGAUGUAAUCUGUGUUGAAACUUGCGCGGAGAGUGGGUUGUUGUUUACAGCGGGGGCGGAUGGGAAGGUGAACACGUGGGACAGAAGCUUUAGGAACGUCGGGAGGGUACAAGCUCAUGAUGGGAUCGUGUUGUCGCUUGCUAAGAUUAGCGGUGCGGUGGCAGAUGGCGAUGGUAGCCCGGAUGGACUGAAUGGGAGAUCAUCGACUUGGCCGCAGGCGAGAGUAGUCCAGCUGGUUACUGGGUCGAGUGACAACCUGAUCAGGAUCUGGGAUACGCUACCUUCCAUCAUCCCUUCCACCUCGGGUAGAGAAGCUGAGUCUCGUAGCCGCGAGCUAGAACGACUCUCGCUCGAAGACCCCGCUUCCGCUCCUCUCGCUACCACACCCAUCGCCGCUACCAGCAACGUCAACACCGCUGCUGAAAUCGUCAACACAGUUGGCCCUGAAGCCGCAUCGAUUCUCGCCCCCAACAGCAACAAUGCAUACGAAGCUUCAGCGCAAUGGCCACUCCUCCGGUCGCUCCUACGCAAGUUCAUCUCGUUUCCCAGCAUCAGUGCGAGCGAAGAGCAUCGUGAAGACUGUCGACAAGCAGCGCAUUUCCUCAAGACCUGUUUCCAAGAACUCGGCGCAGAAGCACGCAUCCUACCCAACCCUGUCGGAACCAACCCUCUCGUGCUGGCUACAUUCACGGCCAACGCGAAUCGAUCCAGACGACGUCAUCGCAAUGCUGCUGCCACCGAUCGAUCACGAAGCAGCUCUACUUCCGCUUCAACGGACUCGACGGAUUCUUUCCUCAGCAGCAACUUAGAUGACGCCGAGAGGGAUGGUAAGGAUGAAGGUUUGAGCGGGUCGGUAAUGUUCAACCGUCUCGGCGACGAUAAUGACGUCGAAGGGGAGGAGAGGGAAUUGAGGGGAAGCAAGAAGAAAAGAUGCUUGUUCUACGGUCACUACGAUUGCAUCGCCGCUGAAGGGUCUUGGACUUCACCACCGUUCACGCUGGAUGGUCGGGAUGGGUAUCUGUACGGUAGAGGUGUUUCGGAUAAUAAAGGUCCGAUCCUUGCUUCUGCUUGUGCAGUACACCAUCUUCUUUCGACCCGCAGACUGCAUUCGGAUGUAGUGUUCCUCAUCGAGGGCGAGGAAGAGAAUGGUUCGGUGGGUUUCGUUGAAGUUGUGAGGAGGUAUAAAUCGGAGAUUGGACCUAUCGAUGUUGUGCUACUGAGCAAUUCUUACUGGUUGGACGAGGAAACGCCUUGUCUGACCGUUGGGUUGCGUGGGGUGGUCAGGGCGACGGUAAGCGUGGGUAGCGGAGAGAGGGAUGUACAUUCAGGUGUCGAGGGCGGAGCCAUUCGCGAGCCUAUGGUUGAUAUGGUCAAGCUUCUAGCUCAACUCACUGGUGAAGGCGAAAGAGUUGCUCUCCCUGGAUUCUAUGACUCUGUUCGAGGAACAACCGAAUCCGAGCUCCAAGCGUAUCGCGAUAUCGUCCGCAUCAAACGGUUGCUCAAUGCAGGAGCAUCGAAAGAAGGCGAAACGGUGGAAUCACUCAUGGCCAAAUGGAGAAACCCUUCUCUCUCGGUUCACAACAUCAGAGUCUCUGGUCCAGGAAACUCUACUGUCAUCCCCUCUACUGUCUCUGCACAAGUCUCACUUCGUAUUGUACCGGAUCAAGAUCUUCCUUCUAUCGAGGCUUCGUUGCUGGAACACGUCCAAUCCACAUUCAACUCGCUUUAUCCCACUACCUCACCCUCAAUGGUGAAGAACAAAGUAAGCGUGACCGUAGACCAUCGUGCGGACUGGUGGAUGGGCUCCGAUUCAUCGCAAUACUUCUUGCUUCUGCGGGAAGCAGUGAAGAAAGAAUGGAACGCAGAACCAAUCUCGAUUAGAGAAGGUGGUAGCAUCCCAGCGAUAGCUAUUCUGGAGAAGGAGCUGGGUGCGGGAGCGGUGCAUCUACCGAUGGGUCAAAGUAGCGAUAAUGCUCAUUUGCCGAAUGAGAGGUUGAGGCAAAGAAAUUUGGUCAAAGGGCAGAACGUUGUUAGGAGGUUUGUACUGGGUUUGGCUGCGAUUUGA